AUGUGGAGCAAAAAAUAUCUCAGCGCUGAUCAUCUUGCGGGUUUUGAUAAAUAUAAGUACACAUGUGUAGACACAAGUUGGUUCAGUAGUUACAUAAUGCACCCUUUCUGGAAUUGGAUUGUUAAGUUUGUGCCACCAUAUGUUGCUCCAAAUCUUAUCACCUUUUCUGGUUUUAUGCUUACCGUCUUUAACUAUAUCCUGAUUGGAUAUUACGAUUAUUAUUUUCAUGUGGCAAAUGGAACAGAAGGCUAUGUGAUUCCACGAUGGGUUUUAAUCGUAGCUGGUAUAAAUGUAUUUGUUGCUUAUACCCUAGAUGGUAUAGAUGGGAAGCAAGCAAGAAAAACAGGAACAUCGACACCACUGGGUGAAUUAUUUGACCAUGGACUGGAUUCAUAUUCAAGUAUCUUUAUCAUGAUAUAUUUAUUUAGUCUUUUUGGCACAAAUGAUUUACCGGCUGUGAGGAUGCAUUUUAUAACUUACUGUGUUUACUUAAAUUUUUAUCUCACGCACUUUGAAAAAUACAAUACGAAUGUUCUGUUUCUUCCGUAUGCAUAUGAUUACGUUAUGUGGUCAUGUUCAUUCACAUUACUCAUUGCUGGCAUUUUUGGACCAAAAUUAUUUGUGACACCAAUUUUUGGCAUAACGCCAACGGUUUAUGUGGAAUUAAUAAUGUAUGUAUCUGGAUCAUUGACAAGUCAUCCGGUGAUAGCAUGGAAUAUUUACAAGUAUGAUAUGAAAUAUAAAUUAUUAUCAACAUUUUUUGGAUAUCCCCUUAAACUUAUGCAACAAUUUAUUUGUAGGUCAUAUCGUGAUAAAACUGGGAAGAUGAGGCCAAUGAUUGAAUUAUUCCGUCCACUUUAUCCAGUUUUUGGACUUUUUGCUGUAUCUACAAUUUGGUUGUUCCUCUCGCCUAAUGAUAUUAUGGCUGUGGAUCCUAGAAUGUUUAUUAUGGUGACUGGAACAAUAUUCUCUAAUAUUAGUUGUCGUUUGAUUGUAGCACAAAUGAGUGAUACACGAACAGAUGGCUGGAAUUCCCAAUUGUGGAUUUAUCUCUUCGCCGUUCUCAUCUGCAUUUUCCCAUUUCCACUUUUCGGAUAUCAACGACUGACACUUGUUGUUGAAAAGUACAUUCUCUAUACAUUAGUUGGUAUUUUAAGCAUACAGCAUUUUCAUUAUGGCUAUAGUGUUGUUAGCGAAAUGUGUCAGCAUUUUGGCAUCAAAUGUUUCACGAUUAAGCCAAAGCAGUCAGCUAGAGAUAAAAAUGGUGAAGCUAUGCAAUUCGUGUGA